AACGCUCUCUCAACGGUAACUAGGCAACAAGACGCUUCGCAGACGCUAACGUUAGACCAGCUAAAACUAAACAAAGAACAUUUUAUCUUAAUUUAAGCGACAGAACAAGGGGAAAAAAGGCUUAAUGAAGUUGUUAAACAGAGAAAAUUAAUCAUCCAAGACGUGAAGUGUGUGUGUGUGUGUGUGUGUGUGUGUGUGUGUUAGACAUCAUGUCAGAUACUGAAGGUAAGGAGGAGACUUCAGGAGAAGAAACAGAGGCUGAGUCACUGAAGAUGACCGGACAGUCUCAGGUCUACACUGCAACCAGAGACACACUUUUCCCAAAGAAGAUAACUCAAACUAGGACACACUCACUGUCAUUAGAUUGGGUAUUAGGGAUGAAUCCUUCACUUCCUACCUUCAGUCUGCAAGACCACGAUCAGCUGGUGGUCCUCUAUGCUGGAGCUCAUGUUGGGAUCAUUUACAAUCACACCUCCAACUCCCAGCACAUACUUCAGGGUCACUGCAGUCCCAUCUCAUGUAUGUGUGUGAGUGAAGACAGACGCUGGAUUGCAACAGCAGACCUGGGCCCGAAAAGCACCUUGAUAAUAUGGGACUCCUACUCUGGCAUUCCUGUACACACGAUGUUCGACUGCCACCCCGAGGGGGGUGUCACUGCGAUGGCAUUUUCAAGUGACACCAAACAUCUGGCAACCCUUGGGGCUGAGGAAGCUCAAUGUGUGUGUAUUUGGGAUUGGACAAACGACAUAGAAAAGCCUUUGUGCUGUACUCAGCUCAAUCCUAAACAUGGUUUUCAAGAUUACAUCAUUUUUAAUCCAAAUGAUAGCACUCAGCUGCUCAGCAGCAGUGAAAGACAGGUGUUAUUUUACACCAGGGCCGCGGAUAGUCUGCAAUACAUUUCCCCGAAGUUUAAGAAGUGUUUCAACACAUCACAGCAGUUCUCUGAAUCAGCCACCAGUGGAUUUGAUUCUAUGUUUACGCAGACUUCUCCUGACAACUCUGUCAAGGUGGCUGGCAGGUCAUUCAGCCAGUCUGUGUUUCACUGGAGAAACCCUCAGGUCCUUACAGCAACUACAAAGGGAAGCAUUGUGGUGUGGGAUGUGAUAGAAGACUUGGGUCCAGACCAAAGCCUCCCCAAAGACAGAAUCAAGUUCAUUCUUUUACAGGACAAUCCGAUCACUGCUCUCACUGUAACUGACAGUAGUAUCGUGAUUGGUGACACUCAAGGCCAUAUCAAGUUUUAUGAUGAAAAAUUCAGGCUUCUCAUUUGCUACAGCGACUUCAACCUGGACGCUAUUGUUUCCAUUUCCUUUUCCAAAGAGUGCACUGAGGCAUACAUGGAGGUUUGCGCUGUGGGGGCAAAGCCAUUACUAAUCAGGAACUUUGUUGUGUCCACAGUCAGUUCCACAGUAGUACACGUGAAUACACAGAAAGGCAUCCCUCAAAUCCUUCUGCAGGAGAAUUGUGAGCCUCUACAUGCAGUGGCCUGCCACCCCAAACAGCCAGCUCUAGUCAUGGGCAAUCAAAGGGGUAUUUUAAAACUGUGGGACUAUAACAACAAAGUGAUGAUCUGCAGCAGGGUCUUCACGACAGAGAAGCAGAUUCAGUGUGUCACUUUUGACCCUCAAGGAUUAUACAUGGCAGUUGGCUUCGGCAGUGGAGCUGUUCACAUACUGAAUCCCACCACUUUACAAAGUGAUCCAGAGGAGUGUUUCCAUUACGCUAAAGACAGCAUCCAUCACAUUACUUUCUCUUCUGACUCAAAGUAUCUUGCCACUGCGGAUGCUGGAAAAGCAGUGACGGUGUUCCGCCUGCAGACCAAUGAAGACUCUUUGCCUCGCUGGAUGUAUGUAGGCAGAUACCGCUCCCACUACAAGCCCAUCAAAGACCUCCUUUUUGGGGUUCACCUGGACAGCACCCAACCCAGACUGCUCUCUCUGGGAAUGGACCGCCGACUGGUGGAGUAUGACCUGGAAAACAGUGAUGUGAAUAAUCUUCUCAUCUUGAGCUCGGAGCAAAUUGAGCAAAGUGCUGUGCCAAUGUGCAUGACUUGGUAUCCUCCCCUCACCGCGGAGCAAUUUCUUCUCAUCGCCUCAGACCGAUACAAGAUGAAGCUUUUCAACAGCACUACCAAGAUGUGCAGAAAGACGCUUCUUGGGCCAACAUAUGGCUCUCCCAUCAAGAAAGUGGUGCUUCUUCCCAUGUCUAAAGAGGUUGAGACAAAUUCGUAUUACCUGGCGUACAUCACAGAGGACCAGGUGGGUCUCCAGAUUUUGCCUCUGGACGGGAACCCCUACAGAUCCAAUGCUUUGAUCUGCCAUCCGACAGGGGUGUCUGCUUUUGCCUGCUCCCACGAUGGCCGAUUUGUUUUCACUGCAGGAGGAUCUGACUGCACUGUCCUGUCGUGGGAGAUAAGCUUAAAUGCGUUGGAGGCAGCAGCUACCUUGGGAGGAAAGGACCUGUUGCCCUUUUACACUCUUUUAAAGGGAGGCAGAGAUGGCUUAUUCUACAGGGAGAUGGAGGAUUUUUUCUAUUACUGCCAAGUCCGCCAUCAAGGGACUGACUCAAUGGAGAAACGACAAACGUCUACCAAAAUCCCCCUGUCAGAGGUUCCCUCUUUAAUGAGAGCUUUGGCCUACUUCCCUACUGAGCAAGAGAUAGAAGAUAUGCAUAACGAGGUCAAGUUCAGCAAGUAUGCAGAAACAGGACAAUAUGUGACCGACAUCGACCUGGAGGAGUUUAUCAAGCUGUACGUCAACCACCGACCAGCUUUCGGCAUCUCUAGCGAUGAGUUUGCUCAAGCUUUUCAUGUCCUUGGUCACUGUGAUAGUACAGAACAGCCUAUUCUGAAAAGACACGAGCUACUAGAACUUCUACAGGCUCGAGGAGAACACAUGACGGAGGAAGAGGUGACAGAGUGUUUCACAACACUUUUAGGUCUCAAAGAAGAGGAAGAAGAAGGAGUAGGGGGAGGUUCUGAGCAAGACAAAUCUGACAGUGGAGACUCAGAAUAUUCACUGGAGUGCGUGAUCCCAGAUGAGAUUUCUGUGGAGACGUUUACAAGUCGCAUCCUGGGCUUCCCACCAUUCUCGGCAGAGCAGCGUGGAAGGUCUUCCCCUCCAGAGUGAUAAAGGCAAUGAGCCUCAGACUCUUCUCCUCAUUUUCUUUCCAUAACUAGCCUAACAGAGAUGCUGGAUUUUUUUAUGUAUUUGAAUUCAAAAUAUGAUCGAAAACCUUAAGUUAGAUCCUCAUGUCCAGCUUUGUCAAAUACUAUAUGAAAUUAAAUACAUACAACAUAUAAAA